AUUAUGUGUUAUUCAGGUUCCCGUGCGGCUGCCGGGGGUUUCGGUGGUCACUGAUCCAAGCCCGAAAUAAAACACUCUAUGUUUCGGGCUCUCCUCGCCAGUCGGCUCCCCUAAAUGCGCUGCAAACGCAGAAAAGGCUGCUAUCGGGGUUUGCGGAGCAACCCAAGAGAGAUCCGGGGAGUUGGCAGGGUUUUCAAGUGUUUUUGUAGACACUGGCCAGGGGGUGCGGCCUAGCCGAGACCGCGGGUCGGUGGGAGGAUUUACGGCCUUCAGAAACACCAUAAGAUGUUUUUUGUUUAAACCUAUAUUUCCGAGAGUGAACAUGCGUGGAACCCGCUUAUGAAAAAGGGCUGUACCAAGGUGAUGAAGAAGGUUAAGCUCCUUUGCACUUUUGGCUGAUGCUCACAUCCAUGUCAGUUCGCUGUUUAUAUCAAGCCACAAAGUGUUCCUGAAAACAUUAUUACAUAUAAUUUUUUUCUUCAUUUGUCAUUCUCACGAGCUGUCAAAAUAAGUUCCUCUCUGCCUCCCCACCUUUCCCAUCGUGGGCAGUCCAACAUUUCCUUCCCCCUAAAUUCGUCUGGAAAGAGGUUCAACUACGGCUCAAAGCUGAAUCCGUACACCCGAUCCCGGAUGACGGAGGCGUGGCAGCAGCAUGCUGUUGCCCCGCCUCCAGUGGUGCACACCAUCCCACCAGGGGCGGACACACUGGGCUGCACUGUCUACGGCAUUGUCCUCCAGCCAGACACGGCAUUGCAACAACAACAACAGCAGCAGCAGCAACAAUCCCAGCAACAACAGCAACAUCACAGUCAGCAGCUCAACCAGCAGCAGCAUCCGGCACAAGCGCAGCAGCCCUCCUUGCAUGUAGGGAGCGAGGAAGGACACAAGUGUGGUGCAUGUGGCCAUGACAUCUCCCAUCUGGCUAAUCCCCAUGAGCACCAGUGCAUGGUGAGCCAAGACCGUUCGUUUCAGUGCACGCAGUGUCUGAAAAUCUUCCACCAAGCCACUGACCUGUUGGAGCAUCAGUGCGUGCAGGUGGAGCAGAAACCCUUUGUGUGCGGAGUGUGCAAGAUGGGCUUCUCCCUGUUAACUUCUCUAGCGCAGCAUCACAAUGCCCAUAACAGUGGCAACCCCAUGAAGUGCUCCAUAUGUGAAAAAACAUAUCGGCCGGGUUCUGGAAAUGCCACGCCAACUUCAUCAGCGGGCACUCCAGGGCAACCAUCUAACGACGAAGCAUCGUCCAGUGGCAGCGCUGCUGUCGGGACGUCAGGCCAGCCUACGUUUGAGCCUUCGCAACCUGACAGGCCCUACAAGUGUUCCGUGUGCUCCAAGGGUUUCCGUCACUUAUCUGAGCUCACCCGUCAUGAACGCGUCCACACGGGCGAGAAGCCUUUUAAAUGUGAAACAUGUGACAAAAGCUUUAGCCAGUCCUCUCAUCUAGCCCACCACCAGCGUACCCACAGCUCAGAACGGCCGUUCAAGUGUGCGGUGUGCGAGAAGAGCUUCAAGCACCGAUCCCACCUAGUCCGUCACAUGUACGCCCACUCGGGUGAGCACCUGUUCAAGUGCAACCUUUGUGAGUUGCACUUCAAAGAGUCUUCCGAGCUCCUCCACCACCAGUGUCAGCCGCAAGGUGCUCGGCCAUUUCGCUGUGCCACGUGCGGGAAGGGCUUCAAGCGUCCGUCCGACCUGAGACAGCACGAACGCACUCACUCUGAGGAACGCCCAUUCCAUUGUGAAGACUGCCAGAUGAGCUUUAAACAACAGUAUGCCCUGGUGCGCCACCGACGCACGCACAAGCCCUCCGCCGACCGCCCCUUCAAAUGCAACCUGUGCGACAAGGGCUUCCUGCAGCCGUCCCACUUGUUGUACCACCAGCACGUUCACGGCAUGGACAACCUUUUCAAAUGCGCCUCCUGUGGAAAGGGCUUCAGCCAGUCCGGGGAGCUGCUCCGUCACAAAUGUGGUGAGUCCUCCUCGACACCCACAAAUCCAGACAAGCCCUACAAGUGCGACGUGUGCGGAAAGGCCUACAAAAAGGCCACCACGCUACAGCGCCAUCAGAAUGAUGCAUUUUUCAGUGGAAUUCAAACCCAGGGCCUGGCUGUUUGUCGCUAA